CAGGCCUAACCUAUCUACACAGUGUAUGCUGUGAAGAAGCACAGUUUUUGUCUUGGGAUCUGUUCACAUUGGAUGCAGGCUACCAUAGCAAUAUAAUGUAGAGAACAUUCACCCCCAUCUGAGGAGGGGGACAUCCAUUCUCGACACCCACUUGUCUCUCUCAUUCUGUGGGGUUAUUUAGGGACAGGCGGCCACGGACACAACAAGGAGCAGAUAUGGUUGACCAAUUUGCAGCAUAGGCAUGAGCAUAGGCGAGCAGCAUACAGCGUGUCGGACUCAAUCAGUGCUGAACAAAACAUCUCUAAAAAAAAUAGUAACAUAAGGAAGCAUAUUUGUCAGUUUUCGUUUUGGAGUUUUGUUGCUUAAUCUAAAGCGCUGCCGUGAAUGAUAAUUUAGGUUGCCUGCAAAAGCUCUUUGCUUCGAUUUUCUUAAGUAUUCGAUUCGAUUUCGUGUAGUAUUUUUUUUUUUUUUGUCUCAGUUUUUUCCCCUCUUUGCAACGGAACAUUUACCAUCGAUUUUUCUACACAACCAUCCCUUGAGCAGCUCGCGGGCAUCAACACCGGUUCCGCAGUUUGCACAGGGGCUGUUAAAUUGCUGCAUGAUCGCACCACACGUCCUUCACCCUUGUUUUCAUCAGCAAGCAUCCUCCACACAUCACCCGCUCUACAAUACACAUAAAAGCCCACUCCGGCAAAACUGACGAGAACGACCAAAUUCCUCAUCGAUAUUACGAUAGAUUACGUAUUUCUCCCCCUACUGUCAUCUCAAAUAAAUAAUGCAUGGCUUUGCGGUGCAUGCUAGAUCAGAAAUGAAAAUUCUGACAACAAAUGUAGCCCAUCUUCAACCCCGCCUCUUUCUCCUCUCCUUGUAUGCACUGUCUGAACCGGAGUUGCGUGUCGGCACAUCCAUAAAGCUGGCAUCCCUUUGGCCUCUGCUGUAAACAUCAUUUCAGAGGGAGUCUUCAGAACCUUGGAAGUUACCACUCCACUCUGGUAGUGGUGGUGGAGGAGGUGGUGGUGGAGUGUACUGACCAUCUCAACAGAUGGGGAGUGUUCUGGUAUGCUGAUGGACUGACCCACAGCUUGCCUUGCCUUGCACUACCUUGCUCUGCUGUCUCCAUCUGUCCAUUUGCCGUCAGCCGUGCCCAAGCCACCUGGUACUGGGUUCAUACACUCGAACUGACAAAAUCUUGUUGGAGAGAGGAUCGAAACAUCUUGAAAUAAAGAAGAAAACAAGACAUCCGGUUGCUAACGCUUUUUGGAUUAAUACACCAGAACCACACACACACCACACUACCAUCCCUCAUCCCACCUCCCCUACUCCCUACCCCCCCACACACACUUCUUUACAGUCAUGGCCAGCACGAAUCCAACCUCUUCUCCAGCCAAAACCUCCUCCUCCACACAGCAGGUGCCGCCCCUGAGCCUGUCCUUCCCCUUCCUGAGGGAGGGCAGCCGCGUCUGGGAGAGGAGGCAGAUCCCUGUCCCCGGCGAGCCUACCAGCCCGCUUCCAACUAAGCGCACGCGCACCUACUCCGCGACGGUUCGGGCCACGUCGGGGCCAGUCUACAAAGGGGUGUGCAAGAGCUUCUCACGGUCGCAGGGCCACGGCUUCAUCCGCCCGUCCCACGGAGGGGAGGACAUAUUUGUGCACAUCUCCGACAUUGAUGGCGAGUACGUGCCCAUGGAAGGGGACGAGGUGACCUACAAGGUGUGUCCCAUUCCACCCAAGAACCUGAAGAAGCAGGCCGUGGAGGUGGUCAUCACACACCUCAACCCCGGCACCAAGCACGAGACCUGGUCUGGCCAGAUCAUCAGCUCCUAG